AUGUCUCUUGUCAUGCAGCGUGUCAGCUGUGAGGCUCGUCCCGUUUGGUUCGUCUGCUCUGGCAUGGGCGUGCAGUGGCCGGGCAUGGCGCGCGACAUGAUGCGCGUGCCCGCCUUCAAGCAGACAAUGCUGCAGCUAGCUGACACGCUCACGGGUCACGGGGUCGACCUCUGUGACAUCAUAGCGUCAGGCGAGGAGAAGAUGCUGGAGAGCACACCUGUUGCCUUCGCCGCAAUAGCCGCCGUACAAGUGGCGCUGAUUGAUGUUUUGCGCUCUCUCGGCAUCUAUGGCGAUGGUUUCGUCGGUCACUCGGUCGGUGAGUUGGCCUGUGCCUAUGCAGACGGAUGCCUGUCUGCAGAACAGACCGUACUCUGUGCCUACUGGAGAGGAAAGUGCGUGAGCGAGGCCAAGCUACCGGCUGGCAAGAUGGCUGCCAUCGGCUUGACGUGGGAGGAGACGAGGCGUCGCUGUCCGGCUGACAUUGUCGCCGCGUGCCACAACUCUCGCGACAGUGUCACCAUCUCAGGGCCGGCUGCGAGCGUUGACGUCUUCAUGGCUGAGCUGCGAGCAGACGACGUGUUCGUGAGAGAGGUGGCGAGCUCAGGCGUUGCCUUCCACUCUCACCAGAUGGCGCAGGUCGCUCCCAAACUCAAGGCUGCGCUCCUUAAUGUGAUCAAACAUCCCAAGCGAAGGACUGCAAAGUGGAUCAGUACAUCUAUUCCAGAGAGCAGGUGGGAUUCAGCCCUGGCCCAGCUGUCGUCUGCUGACUACCACGUCAACAACCUAGUGAGCCCAGUACUGUUUCAGGAGGGACUGACUCAUGUUCCGGACAACGCGGUCGUGAUUGAGGUUGCCUCGCACUGCUUACUACAGGCCAUAUUGAGACGGUCCCUUAACGAUGGGACGACGAUCAUUGGUCUGCAGAAUCGCAGGGAGGAAGACAACACCAGGUUCUUCCUGGCCAGCAUCGGAAAGUGUUACGUGAGUGGAGUCAACCCGGCGACAUGCAAGCUGCGGCCGUCGGCACCGCACUUCCCCGUGUUGCAGGGAACAGCAAUGCUGGGUUCUCUCAUCUCGUGGGAUCACUCACAGACGUGGGCCGUGCCCGCACAGGACGAGUUCAUCAUCACCAACGGCAUGGGCGAAUGUAAGUUUGAGAUUGACCUCUCGGCGACCUCACCUGAUCUCUACUUGCUGGGUCACGUAAUCGAUGGCAGGGUGUUGUUCCCGGCAACCGGUUACUUGGUGCUGGUGUGGCGCGCGCUCGCCAAGAUGCGGCGACAAUUGUACGAGAGCAUGGCCGUGGAGUUCAAUGACAUCGACAUCCAGAGGGCGACAGUGAUACAUGCCGACGGCAAGGUGACGAUAGCUGUCAACAUCAUGCAGGCGACGGGCGACUUUCAGGUGACGGAAGGCAAGACGCUCGUCGCCAGGGGGCGCAUCACGGCGCACGCGAGUCUCGACAUACCCGAGCCGCUGAAGUUGAAAGGUCACGGCGAGCCGCUGCCGCUAUGUGCCGAUGACGUGUACAAGGAGAUGCGCAUGCGCGGCUACGACUACAGCGGCGAGUUCCAGGCAAUCGUCGCGGCGUCUCUCGAUCUUUCAGAUGCGAAGGUCGCAUGGACGGGUAACUGGGUGCAAUUCGUUGACAACAUGAUGCAGCAGAUAUUGACGAGCAUGUACACACGUUACCAGCAGUACAGAUUGGCGGAGUGGCGCAAUCUGGGUGUAAAGGUAGAGGUCAGCAAGAUGGAUGCCAGCCUGGAGGCACAGGCGAGACAACUGAUUGACACGACCCAGCAGGUGGCGCCACUGGGCGGCAUCUUUCAUUUGGCAGCGGUGUUGAGGGAUGGACUGUUCGAGAACCAAACAGCAGAGACCUUCAGCGAGGUAAACAAACCCAAGAUGGCGACCGCAUUUAACCUUGACCUCGUGACCCGCGACACGUGCGCCACCUCGCUGGACUGGUUCGUCGUGUUCUCGUCUGUGAGCUGCGGCCGUGGCAUCGCUGGGCAGACGAACUACGGUUACGCAAACUCAACGAUGGAGAGAAUCUGUGAGAGACGUCAGCGGGACGGCUUCCCUGCGCUCGCAAUCCAAUGGGGAGCGAUCGGUGACGUGGGGGUGGCGCGCAGCCUGGGAGGCAAAGACGCUGUCAUAGGUGGCACGCAGCCGCAGCGCAUUACUUCCUGCAUGCAGACGAUGGAUGUGCUGCUCAACCAGCCGUUCCCCGUCGUCUCCAGCUUUGUGCUUGCAGAGAAGCAUGGCAGCGGUGGCGCGUCAACGCAGGACUCACAGGUCGACCUUAUCCACGCUGUCGCCAACAUCCUCGGAGUGAAGGACGUCGCGACGCUGAAUGCUGAGCUGACGCUGGGAGAGCUUGGUCUCGACUCGCUAAUGGGUGUCGAGGUGAGGCAGACGCUCGAGCGAGACUUCGACCUCUCACUAUCGAUGACAACAUCCGCUGCUGAGAUGCGCUGCUCGAGACGCACUCUCGCGGCGAGGGCGACAAGGCACGAGGCCACGACAGGCAGACGGAUCGAGACAUGCUGA